AUGGCUGACGAUGAGUUGUUACACUUACUGGAACUGCCAAGUUCAGAGUUUGGUCCUAUGAAUGACGAUUUAUCCGAUGACGGCGGAUGGAUGAGUGAUGUGUCGAUUGACGACCGUGCUGAUUUGGAAACAUUCACAGAGCUAAGGUAUAUGCUUGAUCUGAUUGUUUUCACUGGCAAAGAAAGCGAGAUACUCGAAACAGAAAAUCUAGGUUUAUCGGGUGCAAUUAUCACGACACUGCUCGCCCCUUACUUGAACAAAGGCCAUUGUUUGUAUGUUGACAGUUGGUAUAGUAGCCCUGAUCUGUUUAUGAUUUUGCAUUUGAACAAGACCAAUGCUUGUGGCACUGUCAGAUGGGAGAGAUUAGGCAUGCCUGAAUUCCGGAAAGAGUUACAAGUUGGCGAACGGGAGGUUGUCAAUGACGGAAGAAGCAUGGUUGUGAGAUGGAUUGAUAAAAGGGAAGUUAUGAUGAUCACAACAGAACAUGACGAUAAAAUAGUAGAAACCGGAAAAGUAAAUUACAUGACAAAAGAAAAGAUUAUGAAACCCAAGUGUAUCCAAGAAUAUAACUACAACAUGGGCGCCGUGGACCGAACGGAUAUGAUGCUUAGUAAUGUCUCAUUUAUAAGGCGUACCCAAAAAUGGUACAAAAAACUGUUUUUACAUUUCCUGGAUCUGGCAAUACUCAAUUCCCAUGCAGUAUACCUAACUGUAAGUGGCAAAAAACCGACACUGUCAGAAUUCCAUCUAGAGCUAAUUCGCCAAUUUUUAGAAGAAAACAUGGCAACUCAGAGCCACAGUCAGAAAACAGGCGGUCGUCCUUCCCCCGGUGAACCACCACUGAGAUUGACCCAGCGUCAUUUUCCUACAUGUAUUCCGUCAACAGACGGAAAAAAGGAGUACCCCACAC